AUGGCGGCUGAUUUGACAUACGAAGGUUGUAAUUUUUUCCGACAAAGACUUGUUUUGGCGACGCUUAGCGGUAAAUCGGUGAAAAUAAAAAACAUAAGAGCUGUUGAAGACGAUCCUGGGCUGAAAGGUGCGUCCAUUAUCGAACUGAUUAAGAAAUCACAGCCCUUUCAGCUGCUGACUUCGGCUGUAAAAAACUUAUAUAAAAUAUGCUUCGUGUUUUGUUGUCUAAUUUGAGAAUUUUUGCUGUCUAUGUAACCCUUUAAAGACUUUGAAGCAAGUUUUAUACGGCUCCUGGACAAGGUAACAAACGGAUCACGAAUAGAAAUUAAUGAAACAGGUAAGUCUUCAGAUAAUUUAUCAGAUAAUUUUUGUUAUUUGUUUAUAAGAUUUUAAUGAAUGAUAGCACUGCCCGGCCAGGUAAUGUCCAUUAAAGAGGUCCUAUUAGGGAUUAUCGGGAUACGGAAUAUUUGGCUAAAAGGUUAUAGGGAUACGGGAUACUUAAGGAAAAAAUGAAAGGGAUAUUUAAAAUAGAUAUUCCAGGAUGUAAACUUGAAUUUUAGGAUAGAAACUACAGGAAGUAACAGGAUACAGGAUGUUUAAGCCAAACAUUAAUACUAUAGGGGACACCUGGACCCCCCCCCUUCCUAAUGGGACCUCAUUAUUAAAGCUAUAUUAUUCUUAUGUUUGGUUACUCUGUUUCCUUUUCCAAAGGUACAAUGCUGUUUUAUAAACCUGGCCUGUUAACUGGAGGAACCAUUGACCAUGACUGUAAUCCUCAAAGAUCCAUUGGUUAUUACCUAGAAGCAGUGGUGCUGCUGGCACCAUUUUGCAAGAAACCUAUCAGACUUACUCUGAAAGGAAUAACAAAUGACAGACAUGAUCCAACAGUAAGCCAGAAAUAAUAUCAUAUUUUUUUAUUGUGGAGAAUUGACCCUUUAAGCCCUCAGAGUGAUGAGCUUCUAACUUCUCCUUAAAGUACACUGCUGUAUAAUUCAAGAACAUCAUGAGAAUAACAGAAAUGAUCACCAACACAAGAAGCUUUGACUGUUGGACAAAUGUUCCUUGUCAUCACCAAAGCAAAUAUAUAAAGAAUAAAACAGUACGUCAAAUAUGGAUACUGAUGUGAGGUUGUAAAGAGUUAAAUACAAAAAAGAUCAAAUGUUAAUUCAAAUUUUGUGUUGAUAUUUUCCAGUUUCUCUCUGUUUUGUAAAAACUCUCAUUUCAUAUCUAACAGUGUAGACAAAAAUAAGAUGGAAAAUGAGCUUGUAUAGAGGUGCAUAAUUAGAUUACUUCUGAGAAAUGUGCCUUUCCUAGAAUUUGAUGAUUGCUGAAUGAUGUUAUUUUAGGUUGACAUCAUUAAAACAGUUACUCUCCCUCUGGUAAAGAAGUUUGUGGUGGAUGAUGAAGGCUUAGAUUUAAAGGUAUCAUUAGCUAUUAUUAAUGAAUUUAAUUAUUAUUAUUAUUAUUAUUAUUAUUAUUAUCAUUAUUAAUGAUUUCCAAGUAGAAUUUUAACACCUGCAAAAGAUUGAGUCAUGCAUUAAUUGUACCAUUAGUGAACUUAGCUGGAAAGAAAGUUAAAUAAUAUGACUCAGCUGCCCCUUUCAACAUGGUUAAAUAAAUCUCUACUCCAUGAAGUAGUAAUUUAAGUCAUGUAAUCAACAAGGUCACCAUAAUAGCUAAGCAAUUCUAAUUCUGUACAUUUAAAUAUUAGAGCAGAGGGGAGAGGCACAUCUAGAUACCUCAUAUAGUGCCCCUUAAUUUAGGAUAAAAAGUUAUUCACUAUAUGAAGGUAAUAGAUGAGGUAAGUGUCUUUGAAUAAUUAAUAUUGAGUUAAAAAGUAAUGUUAAAGUGCUUUUUUCUGGUUAGUAGAGGAAAGAGGACUGCAAUAGAUCAUUCUUACUGAACAUUACAGGGGCCGUAUUUUUUACCAAAACAAUUGAAUUGGGGCAAAGUUGGUGUCCAAAACAAUCCUGUGGGAUUUGAACUCUUUUCCUUUUUAAUCAAUUUUUAUAAUUUGUUGCAAUUGAUGUAAAUAGCUGUUCAGAAAAUGAUGAAAUACAUGUAUUAUCAUUUCAUUGACUUUUUUGUCACAGAUUGUGAAAAGGGGAGCACCUCCAGAGGGAGGAGGGGAGGUGGUAUUCUCUUGUCCUGUGAGGAGAAACUUGCGGCCAUUACAAUUCACAGAUCCUGGUAAGAUAAAAAGAAUAAGAGGCCUUGCGUAUCCUUUACUUUUCCCCUUGGUAUAAGUGUUAUAGCUAUAUUACAGGGACUGCAAGAUCAAAGUGCUUGCUGAUUAUUUUUCAUGUAAUUUGUUUGGACUCAUUUAUUUCAUUCUUUGUAUUUUCCAUACCUCCUUGUAAGUGUUUUUUGUUAAAUUUGUUAGCGUUUUUCCUUGUCAGGCACACCUUUUCUCACAUUUCCAUACUGCAUGUUAUUUCAUAGUCCUCUUGUAUUUAAAGCCAGUUUCUUGUAUGUGUUAUCACUUUUAAGUCAGUUUACCAAAAGUUACUCUUGGCGCAGUUCUCUUAAAUAAUUUAUGUUAUUAGCUUCAACCUACUACUUCUACAACUAGUAUUGUUGCUGUCUCAAUAAAAGAUAUUUCAAGUUUUUGUGAUAACAUUUUUGCUGUUACAGAGGCCAUUACACAUAGACCACUAUUUUUUUUUUGAAAAAAGUUGAUUUGCCUUAACCAAACCUUAAACAGGUAUGCUAUGAGAGUUUCUCCAGCUAUUUGUAAUAGGGUGGUUGACGCAGUGCGUGGUGUAUUGAACCAGUUUGUGUCCGAUAUCUACAUUUAUACAGAUCACUGCAAAGGAGGUCAAUCUGGAAAGUAUGUCAUUUUACAACAAACCUUUAACUUUUUUACCAGGGAAUCAGCAUGUUUCACCACAAUUCAUGCAGUAAAUAUCCACAGCAAGACAAAAAAUUAUCUUUCUAUAUUAAAUAUAGAAAGAUAAUUUUUUGUCUUGCUGUGGAUAUUUACUGCCCUUAUUUAGCUUAAAGCUUACCAUGUUUCUUCUUCUAUUUACAAAAUGUGGUGCUAUCAACAUUGCUGAUCCUAGCAGAGUGCAGGAUAUUUGUCAUAUAUGAAAUUCAUAAUGGGCCCUUAGAGUCUCUGUGGCUCAGUAGUAGAGCAUGAGAGUGUGGAAUCUGAAGGUUUGAGGUUCAAUUCCUCAUGGGGACUCAGAAUUUUUUUCUUUGUUCUGUGCUCAUGAGAAGAUGACAACCAUAUUUCUUAAUAUCCAAAGUGGCAAAAUUUAUGAGAAGGUUUACUACUCCUCCCCCUCCCCUGUAAAGGGUGACCGUCCAUUGUAAAUUGUCCUUGGCAUUUUUUUAGAUUUAUUUAAGAAGUUAUCAGUACCCAUUCAUACUCCUGAGCAGAGAGAGGAACUGUGAGGGUAAGGUGUCUUGUCCAAGAAGGCAAAGUUAUAACGCUUGCUAGUUCUCGUGCUCAGAUUUGCUAAUGCAACUGAGUCAGUGCACUUCUGUUGUGCUGGUGAUAUUACGAUAAGUAAGCUUUUCAGAGUCUCUUAAUACCAGAGAUGCAAUGUGUUCUUUUGUCAUAAGCAUGGUACACCAUUAGUCAUCAGAUUAAUGAUAAUCAUGAUUAAAAAUGUCUUCCUCCAGGUCACCAGGGUUUGGGAUCUCAUUAGUUGCAGAAUCAACAACUGGUGCCAUGCUAAGUGUUCAGACAUCAUCUACCCCAGUAGGGGAGGGUCAGGCAGUUGUCCCUGAGGAUCUUGGCAAACAGGCAGCUGAAAUGUUACUUGAAGAAAUUUACAAGGUAAGGUUUUUCCUGCUUUGGUCAGUUUUCUUGUUUAUACUUGGAUCCUUCAUUGGCUCAUGAUAUGUUCCUUUAUUCUGGUUGGCUACUGUGAUUGCUUUUCAGUUUUGGAUGUACGACACUCAAUCAAAAUGCACUUCAUUAAGAACUCUUGGCAGCUGGUGAUCAGGCUUACACUCAUACUAGCUUUUAAAAUGAUUAAAGUAUAUCUUUAUAUUCUGAAAUGAGACUUACCAUUAUUAUUUAUCUUUCUCCUUUGAUAGGGAGGCUGUGUUGACUCUCGCCAUCAGAGUGUUGUUCUCCUUUACAUGAUUCUGGGACAAAGGGAUGUUUCUAAAAUUCUCACUGGUCCACUGACUCCAUUUAUGUAAGUAGUUGAUAAUGUCUCUCAGUGAAAAGAGUAAAUAAAUUCACACAAUUUUCUGUUUGCUGGAGUUAUGAUCUGUUGUGUGUUAUUUGGAACGAUUUUUUUAACUGCUUGGCAUCAGUCUGGCUCUCAUUCAAUUGCAAAAAGGAGAAAAGGGAGAAGGAGGAGAAACAGAGAGAUUGAAAAGUGGGAAGAGGCAGUGUUAGGGAGUAUGAUGGAGGACACAAAGGAGGAGACAGAGGGGGAGUGGGAAUGGAGAGAGGAUAGAAGCAUUGUAGGGGGUAUAUGGAGGGCACAGUGGAGGGGAAUGAGGUAGCAGGGGGGCAGGAGGAGGUAGAGAAAUUUAGAGGAGGACAGGGAGGGAGGGGGAAUGGAGAGAGGAUAGAGGCAUUGUAGGGGGAGGGAAAUUUAGAGGAGGACAGGGGGGGGAAUGAGGGAGGGAGGGGAAAUGGAGGGAGACAGAGGGGUGGAGAGGGAAAGAGAGAAGGAGAGGAGAUGAUGAGGAAGGAAAAGAUAAAGAAGAGAGGGGAGAUAGGAAGAAGGAGAGGGACAGGGUGGCAGGGAGGUGAGGUGUAGAGGAUGAUGGGAGAUGAAGACGAGUGCAGCUCAGAUAGAGAGGAAAGGUCGAAUGGAUAAUAGGAAGAGAGGGAAGAAAGGGAGAUGAUGAAGAAUAGAAGGAGAUGAAAGAGAGGUGAGAUAGACAGGAAGAAAGGAAAGUGUUGGAAGGAAGGAGAAAUGGAGAAAAGUAAGUGGGGAGAGAGGGGAGAGACGGCUUGGUGGUGGCAGGUUCAUUAUUAAUGUUAUUGUUUUCCUUCUACUCAGUAAUUUUUUUAAUUUCCUCAAUACUAUCAUCAACUCUUUUACAGCAUUCAAUUUUUGAGGCAUCUAAAAGAAUUUUUUGGAGUGAUGUUCAAAAUACAAGCACAACAGAGUGAUGAUGACAACAGUGUAGCAGGAGGAAAGAGUAAAAUCUUGCUAUCAUGUGUAGGGGCUGGAUACACGAACAUUAACAAGACUAUGGUGUAAACAAAAACAAAAAGCAGAGAAGUCAGGGAUAUUGUGACCUUGAUUCUGUGGG